UCAUUGAGAUGAACGUUAAUAAAUAAUACUCGCCUGAUUGAAUAAGACUGGUCUUCAUUGGUCUUCACUGGAUUGAAUAAGACUGGAUCUUAAGGACCUUAGGCAACCAGAAGGAGAAACCAGAAGACGUAGAGGAUGUUUUUAUGUAUGACGAGCGGCACUUUACCACUAAAGACUGAGAAAAAAGGGAAAGGACAGGUUCUGUGGCAGGUGGCCCAGCAAACAAUGCCGUCUCGCCACAAAGAGCUUGUGCCUCAGUCGGCCUGGAUGGAGGUCGAUAAAACCACGGAGGAGAAGACGAGCAGUCAAGCACUGGACAGAAAACCUGCAGUUGAGAGCCCGGAGGUCAGCGUGAAGCAGACGCCUUUCGCAAGAGCCGUCUAUGACCUCGGCCACAAGGAGAAGCUUGUCAAUGACCUCACCUUCGGCAAAUGGAUUGGCUUUUACGAGCUUCACGGUGAAAUAGGCAGCGGAAACUUCUCUCAGGUCAAACUCGGCAUUCACGAUCUGACCAAUGAAAGGGUAGCUGUUAAGAUCCUGGAUAAGUUGUGUUUGGACAAGCGCUCGCAGAGGUUGUUCUCGUCUGAGAUACGCUGCAUGGAAAGACUGUCCCACCCCAACAUCGUGCGUCUGUAUGAGGUGGUGGACACGUUUCGCAGGCUUCAUCUGGUGAUGGAGUACGCGCCUGGAGGAGAGCUGUUCUCCAGGAUCGUCACCAGAGGACGCCUGUCUGAUCUGGAGAGUAAACUGGUCUUCUCUCAGAUACUGUCUGCUGUCAAACACAUGCAUGACAACAACAUCAUCCACCGGGACCUGAAGGCUGAAAACGUCUUCUACACCACCACAUACUGCAUCAAAGUGGGUGACUUUGGCUUCAGUGCUGAAUGCAAACCCACCGACAUCCUCACCACCUUCUGCGGCUCUCCGCCCUACGCCGCCCCUGAACUCUUUCGGGACGAGGGUUACAUCGGACCGCUGGUGGACAUUUGGGCUCUGGGCGUGCUGCUGUACUUCAUGGUGACGGCCACGUUCCCCUUUACCGGCUCGAGUCUGAGACGACUGCGCUUCUGCAUCCUCAGAGGAUCCUACGCCUUUCCUGCGUUCGUGCCUGACGCCUGUCAGUAUGUGAUUAAGGGCGCGUUGAGGCUGGUUCCGGCUGACCGGAUAUCCCUGGCGCAAAUCAUGUCCAGCGCGUGGUUGAGGGGAGUCGAGUAUCCGCAGCCGUACGCACCUGCUCCUCCCACACCUGCGCACCUGGCCGACCCCUCACGGACGCUCUCCGCCGACGAGCGCUCGGUCAAACUCGCCCUCGAGGAGCUGGGAAUCACCGAGAUUCAUCUCAGGAACAACAUGGUGUUGGAUUGCCGAAGCCCGCUGACCGGGAUCUACCGGAUUCUUCUGCACCGAAUCCAGAGGAGCAGAUCCGUAGAGUCUGCGGGAUACACGGCGCUCUUCAUUUGUCGGCAGUAUAAUAAACUCAUAAGGAAAUAGAAGGAUUAUCUGCUUUGCUUACAAAACCUUCCCACCCAC